GGUUUCCCCAUGGAUUUGACAAACGAAAGCACUGUGAGUUGAACCGCCAGUUGUGCCAUGGGUGAAGCAUGUGGAAGCCAGUUCAGACGGAGGAGGUGAACCCUGAAGCUGAAGGCGAAGGUCCCUUGUAUCCGAUUCCCAUCCUUCAGCCCGACGUGCAGGGCCAGCUUGCCACUGCAGAAGAGCGCCUCUUCGAUAAGCUGCUGCCCUUGGCCCUGAAGACCCAGGCAAAAUGGAUGCCACGCGGUACCCGGCGUGGGAGAUUCAAGGCGCUGUUGCAUAAGAUCAUCUCGGCACGGCAGAGACUCCGGUGCCUCCGCAGCGUGCUGAAUACCUUGCUUGGGCCUCGCGAACGUGACGUGACUUCCCAGCUGAAUGCCAUUGCAGCUACCAAGAAGUUGCGACGGGAGCAGGUGAAACGAUUCUUCAUGAACUACCGGCCGGCACAGGUCUCCAGUCAGCUUCCCGUGGGGCAAGUGAUGGAGGACAUGGCCUACAAACACUGCAAGCCUUUGCUGGAGACCCAAUGCCGUUUCUGGCCCGCUGCCGAAACCGCCGCCGGAAAUCGCGCUAAUGACGAGCUCCGCAGCUCCGCGGCGUUGCCUGAGCCAGGAGAGCGCCAGAGAUCCGGGCGGUCCUGGAUUGGGCGCGGUGCGCGGGAGCGCAAGACGCAGCGCUGGCAGAUGGCGGACAAGUUGCGCAGUGGGAAAACCAGCAGGGAGGGACAUUGGGAUGUGAGAUCCGCCAGCGGCUUGCAGCACUUCCAACCAAGUUCCUCCUCGAGGUCGGUGAAAAACAGCACCAUCCGGAAAGUGGAACUGGGGGGAAUGGGAUCCAAGUCUACUUCCUUACCAUCCUUGCACUCCAAGUAUGGUGGACUGGGCAAGAGCCUGGUGGAGGUCGACGAGGACGUUGAGGACUUUCCCUUUGAGGCAACCGCGGAGAGUCGCGUGGGGCCGGCGAUGGCCACAACCUUUACUGAAGUUUGGAAGCCAGCACCGCCAGCGCAGAAAUCUGCAGGACCCACCAGCAGGUACAUGACAGCUUGCGAGCGCGGUGGCAUCUUGCCCACUCCCCUGGACUUUAUCACCGGUGGCUCGAGCACUUUGGACGCAGCCAACUGGGCUCUGGCGGAUUGCGACAUCAUCCCCGUGGCCACGAUGUUUCGCAGUGUCCCGGAGGUGAAGGAGGUGGAUCUGAGCCAAAACACCCUGCUGACGGACAAGUCCCUGGUGCCGCUGCUGCAGAAGAUGAAGAGAAACCCGGCCUGCGCCACGUUGACCCGACUCAGCCUGAGGCAGUGUGUCAGAUUGAGGGAAAAGGCCAUUCAGGAGAUCAUCAAUCUGGUUGAGAGUUCCAGUGGCUUGAGCAACUUGAAGAUCUUGGAUGUGAGUGGUAUUCCCUUCCCAGUGCGACUUCAGCUGGACUUCUGUCUGGCCCUGGGUGAGCAUUCCAACUUGGAGAAUCUGCACCUGGCGGAUGUGGGGCUUGGCAGUAACCCCGUGGCGAAGCAAUGCCUGGAAGCGCUCUUCAGAUGCAACACGCUUUUGGCCUUGGACCUGAGCUGGAACGCCUUUGGAGAUGAGGUCUUUGGUGCCAUCGGCGCCUAUGUCUCACAGCCGCACGUGCAUUUGCGGUCGCUCUCCUUGUCGAACUGCUCCUCGGCUGGCACAGAGGGCACGGAUCAAGAUCGGCAAAGCGAGCAGGCCAAGCCCUUCAAACCGGUCAAUCUGAUGUUGGAAUGCCUUUCCAAAGCCAAGAGCUUGACGUACCUGGACAUCUCCAUCAAUCGUUUAGAUCUCACAGGUGCCUUGAUUUUGGAGGAUGCAUUGAGUCGACAUCGUAGCCUCACGGAACUGGAUGUUUCUCGCAAUCCCUUUGGGAGUUUGGGGGCUCAUUCCUUGAUGCGCAUGUAUGCGGUUUCGCGGCUGGAGCGGCUACAUUGCAUCGAGAGCUUUGAUGUGGGGAAUGCCCGCGGGGAAGCUUUUCAAGUCUCCAAUCCCGAGGGCGUCUAUGCUCUCAAUCUGUCGCUGCCCUAUCACCGGUCGAUCCUGCGCAUGCUGCUGAAAUAUUGCAAGAGACUAUCCCUGUCUCCGAAGCAGGCCUUUACAGACUGCUCCUCGAACUUGCCAUCCUUUUCGGAAGAUGAAGAUGGGAUUUUUCAGGUGCCAAGCUCCGGUCGCAUGAGCUUCACCUUCAGCAGCACCAGAUCUCUGGGUCCGGAGAUGUACCAGGAGCCAGACCGGAUUCCUCAAGCGUUAACGGAGCGGCUGGAGAUGACGAAGAUUCCGCUCCGCAUGGACAAGGCCGUGCUGAUGGUGCCCAUCUUUGAAUCCCUUCAGGACAAGCUUCCGUUGAUCGAUGCCCUAGCCCAGAAUUUUCUCUUGGACUACUCCCACAUCGAGCUGCUCUGUAAUCUGGGAAAGGCCAUGAUGGUGCAGACGAUUCUCCUCAGGCUCCUUCAUACCACCUACUCCUGCCAACUUGGUCGCUACAUGUGCAACCUCUUGGCGAGUACGAAGGCGCAAUAUUAUCAAGUUCGACAGCGGGCGAUGCUGUCCUUAACCUUGACGCCCAGCAAUCCAUCGAUGCAUUACUCCUUGCUGAUGGGGGAGGCUUGCGACUUCUUCAUUGUGGAGGGACUUCGAGUGCUGGACCGGUGGGAGACCAAUACAGCUGCGCGCCUGGGCUACAUGGACAUUUCUCAACGCGGCAAUCAGUCGCAGGUGCGCAACGAGCUCUUCGAAGGUCGAAGACCCAGCUGCAGGUCGAUCUGCGACUGGAAGCUCCCGCUGUAUGGGAAGCUUGAGUUCGACUUUGUGGGCGGACCACGGCCGCCCGCAGGUGUGGAACCCAUGCAAGAGGAUCUGUUUCAGAAAUUCUUCCAAGAUUUGAUGCAUUCACGUUGCGGUCCGUGGCAACAGCUCCAGGCACUCCGAACCUUGGCGCCCUAUUUCUACCUGACGAGCUCCCAGUUACGUGAGCUUCUGGGGGCGAUCUGGGACAGUGAGGCACGGAUCCAGCUAUUUCACAUCUUUUACUACAGGUUGGCGGACAUUUGGAACGUGAAGGUUUGCCGCGCCCGCUUUUCCAGUGCAGAGUUUGAUGUCUUGAUGGAGCGACUGGGGCCUACGAAGUUCUUUCCCUACAUCCAACCUGAACAGGCCAUGAUUGAGCUGGACUUCUCGGUCCACGAUCACAAGUUGGCUCUGACCGUUUUGAUGGCGCUGUACCAGAAAGAGGGAGCUUUUCUAGCAGAGCCCCGCUACAUUCGAGAGGAUGGAACUCAAGAUGAACUGGUCACAGGUGUCCCUAGGGCCUGGGCGAGAUACUCAGACCUCCCUCGGGCAGGGAACUUCCGGGCCAAGUACCUGGUGGCGCCGGAGAAGCGCAACUUGAAGACUCGCAUGGAGUUCCUCUCCACAGUGGGGCGCUGGAAGACCCCGGCCCUGAAGCAAGAGGACGUGGAGUGGUGGUCCAUCCUCUCAGAUGUGAGUCUGGACAUCAUUCGUUUCAUUGAGCUGCUGGAUGCCAAAUACGUGGGUGACCUCAAGCAAGCCUUUCGGGACAUCGAUGGGGAUGGCAGUGGUAAUGGUGGCAUCUCCUUGCACGAGUUCGAGGAAUACUGUGACAGGUUGGAGGACUCUCGCUUCGCAAAGAAUCGACGAGAGCGUUUCCGAGCCAUCUUCCGUCACCUGGAUGCCACGCAAGAGGGCAACGUCUCAUUGCAGGAGUGGGCCUAUCUGGAGACCGUGAAAGCCGAACUUGAUAGACAGACCAACGAGUUGUACAGCUUCAUCUUAUGGCACUUCGGUGGUUUAGAAAAGGCAUGGAAAACCUGGGAGAAGAACUUGGAUGGCGUGUUGUCGCAGGACGAGUGGAGCGAGGGUUUAGAGCAGGCCGGAUAUUUUGGCGCGUGCGCGGAGCUGUUUUCCAUCAUUGACCAGAAGGGUGAUGGUGUCAUCACUCAUGCAGAGUUCUCGCGUAUUCGCACGGGACAUGCGGCGGAAGCGUUCGGGCGACUCUCUGCGGUGAAGUUGUCAGAGUUCCCACUCAUCAAGGGCCGGUGAGGGCCCGGUGACAUUAGGACCAAUGGGAUCAUGAACAACCCGCUUGGUUGGUUCCAAAGGUCCAUUUUUAUUUAGGUGAAUCGAUCAUCCAAACAUCACUCGAGGUUUUUGAGAGAUUGGCACCAGCAGGUUCCAUUCGGGGUCGCCUAAGGCGGUUCCCUCCACCCCGAUCUGGGUCAGGGUGACUUAUACCUGGUAUGUGGGCUUUAUCCAAGAACGGGGUAUGCCCCCCAAAUUUGUG